CAUUUUCUCAUCAUUUCAUAUCCAGAACGAGUUAUUCUAAACGAAACACAAAACAAAUCAUCAACGACAUUUUUUUCAAGGUUUUUUUUGCAAAUUAUAAUCGCACAGAAAAAAAAUUAUAAUAUUGAAAUGAUACCAUUUCAUUAUUGAAAUCGAAAUGUCUGUAUGAUUAUUCGAUGAUAAAAACGUGGAUAACAAUGGCCAGAUUCAUAAUGAUUAUUCAAUUUUUAAUCUUAUUCAUUGUUGCAUUAUCGAGGAUAACAAUCAUUGAAACCACAUCAUCAUCAUCAUCAUCAUCAUCAUUGUCGACAAAUGUCACCGAUUCAUCAUUGCCAGCAGCACAUACAACAGAUGUAAACAAUCAAACAGAUGUUACUGCAACAGUGUCAUCACCGGCAAUCAUAUCAACAGCAUUGGAAUCAAAAACAAAUAUUACAUCACCACCAACGGUCGUCUAUCAGCAACAUCAUCAUCCAUCAUUAUCUAUAAGUGAAGCCAAUGAUUAUAAAAAUAAUUCUUUAGUAUUAUCAUCGAUGGUAUUCUAUGACGAACAGCCGAUUGAUCCGAAUUCUUCAGCUAUUAAAAUUCUGACGAAUAAACCGAAAAUUAUUUAUAGCGAUCGUAGCAAUAACAAUAACAAUAACAAUGGUGAUGAUGAUGAAUAUCAUUUAGAACGUGAUAUUGAUCAAUAUUUUAAAAACAAAGAAAAACGUAUUCGAUUCCGACAAAAUCAACACGAUGAUUCUAACGAUGAUGAUGAUGAUGAUGAAGAUUUAAUUAAUUUGAUUGAUAAUCGAAAACAAGUGGUAAAUAUUAUUGAAGUUAAACGUCCACCAACAAAUGUACCGCCACCGGAAACCAUCAUUUAUAAAGGUCGACGUUUUCGACUAUUUCGGCCACCGAAAUAUAUGUUACAAAGAGCAAAGAAACGUAUAUUGCCAGCUGAAUCUAUUGUCGAAGAUGAUCCUCAUCAUCAUCGUAAUCAUUAUCAUCAUGAAAUUCCUAGACAUCGAUCAAAUCGAAAUAAAGCUCGUGUAGGAAGAAAAGCAUAUGCUGGAAAAUUAUCCGAAUUUCCCGUGUUACCACCAUUGAAUCGAGGACAACCAAUGGUAGCAAAAGUAUAUUGGCGACGUACAAUUUAUCCAAUGUCAUCGACAAUGAAUCGUCCAAAACGUAGAACUAUUUAUGAAACAGUAACAACGAAUGAUGAUGAUGAUGAUGAUGAUGAUGAUAAUCUUGAUGAAAAUUCAAGACAAAAACGUCAAAAUAAAAAAAUUGAAAAAUAUAUUGUACUUUAUGUACGAAAAAAUCCACGUGAUAAAAACAACAAUACACAGAAUAAAAAUUCAAAAACAAUCGAUGAACCAUUCAUGGCAACAUCAUCUGAUAAUAUGCCACAAAAGAUUAGCAUUAAGAAUAAAAAAACUAAAUCAUCACCACAAACAUCAUUUCAUGAACUUUAUAAUGAUGAUGAUAUCGAUGACGAGGAACCGGAUAGUUCACCAUGGUCAUUGGAUUCCGAUGAUGAUGUUGAUGAUGAUGAAGAUUUUGAUGAUGAACAAACAGCCAAAAAUCGAAACGAUAAUGAAGGUGGCGGUGGUGAUGAUGAUGAUGAUGUCGAUGACAAUAAUACUAGCAAUAAUGAUGAUGAAAAUAAUUAUAAAAAAUUGGAAAAAUUUCAACGACCAAUACCCAAAUGGCCAGUAUGGAAUAAAAUGGGAAUACCAUCACUAGCUCCAUUACCAAUGCCACCAGAAUCCAGUUCUUCUUCGUCUUCUUAUACAAAUGAUCCUGUAACAAAACCGAUCAUAAAUUUUUAUCACCAUCAAUAUACAUCUGAUUCACCAGAAUUGGUAUCGAAAAAUAACAAUAAUGAUUCCGAACGACAUCGUGAAAAUAUUGUUCAUCGUAUACCAACAACGUCAUCAAAUAAAAAUUUCAUUGGAAAUAAUAAUUAUAAUCCACAUCAUCAUCAUCAUCAUCCACAUCCAAUAUGA